GUAGAGGGACGAGUCCACAACAGAGAGAAAAUGGAGGUUGGAAUAACAUGAAAGCAGGUAUUAUUGUCUUCUUAUCUGAGGUAAGCAGAUCAGAACUAUCACCGAUAUGCUGAUCAUGACGACUUUAAUGGAAUAAGUGUAUCGAUAAGUAUAUCGGCGAAUUAUUGAAGCACCUCAAUCGUCCUUGUUCGUUGUGCAGCUAGAGUCCAAUGGAGACUUUCUGCUCUGUCAUGACCGUGUACUCGGAGUUAAUUAUGAUUAAGUUGAUAAGUUCGUGAACUGCACAAGGAAUUGUUUCCCUUUUUCAGAAGAGCCGGCGAAAGAUGGAGGAAUUGAAAGUCAUAAACGAAGUGCGGCAGAAGAGCCGACGAAAGAAGAAGGAAGUGAAAGUCACAAACAAAGCGCUGAAGUAGAGAGACAAGUCCGCAACGAAGAGAAAAUGGAUGUUUGAAUUACAUGGAACCAGCUAGAGUCCAGCGGAGGAUUUCUGCUCUGUCAAGAUUUCCCAUAUGGAGCGCUGCAGAUGAGCUGGCGAAAAACGGAGAAAAUGAAAGUUACAAACGAAGUGCUGCAGUUAGUAGAGGGACGAGUCCACAACAGAGAGAACAUGGAGGUUGGAGUCACAUGAAAGCAGAAGAGCCGACGAAAGAAGAAGAAAGUGAAAGUCACAAACAAAGCGCUGCAGAAGAGCUGGCGAUAAAAGGAGAAAAUGAAAGUUACAAGCGAAGCGCUGCAGUUAGUAGAGGGACGAGUGCACAACAGAGAGAAAAUGGAGGUUGGAAUAACAUGAAAGCAGAAGAGCCGACGAAAGAAGAAGGAAGUGAAAGUCACAAACAAAGCGCUGAAGAUAGUAGAGAGACGAGUCCGCAACAAAGAGAAAAUGGAUAUUUGAAUUACAUGGAACCAGCUAGAGUCCAGCGGAGAAUUUCUGCUCUGUCAAGAUUUCACAUAUGGAGUGCUGCAGAAGAGCUGGCGAUAAAAGGAGAAAAUGAAAGUUACAAACGAAGCGCUGCAGGUAAUGAAGGGACGAGGUCGCGACAGAGAGAAAAAGGACGUCGGAAGUACAAGGAAGCAGGUGAUAGAAAAACCAGAACACAAGAAGACGAGGAGAGAGCUAGGAAAAGAAGAGGAGAAGCUUCAUCCCUUGUCGGCGAUAGUGAGUCUACACCAUACCUCUGGCAGUUCAAAGAAGCAGAUUCCUAUACUUGGAAAAAUUUCGGCCGCUCUGACAAUGUUGUUCUGGAAGAGCUUUACUGUGACGUAAACAAUGUGGAGGUUGAAAUCGAACUUGAAGACACCACAAUAAGACAUACAAGAAAGCUAUCAGGAAAGAUGUCAGCCAAUUUUCAUACAAUGUCCAUGAGCUUGAUUUCCUCCUUUAACCAGUUUUUGAUCCGUCGAUGCUCAACACCGUCUUACAUCAAAGAACGCGACAACAAGUUUCCCACACUGUGGGUUUGGUAUUGGGAAGACAUCGAUGGAUGGAAAAAAUAUACUGAAACAAAGCUUUGUUCUGGAACAAAACAAGAGCAAAUUGAAGCAUCGUAUCUAAAUGGAGACCCUGCUUACUACUUUCAAAUCGGUGGGAACGAUUACGUCAUACAUUUUGAGGGUACACUUAUGAACCAAAGGAGUGCAGAUCCAAAAGUCCAAGCGGCUCGGCUCGUCAGAAGAAGACCAAUGUUUGCUUCGAAGCCAGCACUGCAGCCCACAGUGACCAAUCCGAAAGGUCAGGUAAUAGCCGUUGAAAGAACUAACCUGAAAAAGGACACCAAAGAAUACCGAACUGUGAGUGAGCGCUUUUACGAAACAAUGCCGGAAGGCCAGGCCUCUAUAGUGAUGGUGGAAAAAAUAACAAAUGGUCAUUUAUUGCAGAAAUACAAAAGAAAGAGCCAAGAAAUGAGAGAGCAACUUAAACCUAUACGUGAAAAGUUGCUGUUCCAUGGUACUACAUCAAAUGUUGUUGAUGCCAUCUGCACACGCAACUUUGACCACAGAAUGUGUGGGAAGAACGCGACAAAAUAUGGGCAAGGAAUUUAUUUCGCUGUAGACGCAUCUUACAGCAAUAACUUCAGCAAAGCUAAGGGUGACAGAACGAGAUACAUGUUUCUGGCAAAAGUGUUGACUGGAGAAUUUAAGCGUGGAGAGCAAAAUUUUCGUCGACCGCCAUUGAAGGAUCCAAGCAAUCUGGCGGGUGAUUUGUACGAUUCUUGCGUUGACGACGAAAAUCAAUCAAAGAUCUUUGUCAUUUUUGAUAACGAACAAUGCUAUCCUUCGUAUUUGAUUAAAUAUUACUUGAAAUAGUUUUAGACAUCAAAGUCAGAUGCAUCAAACUACGGUAGAAAGUCGGUCACAAGCGCAUUAAUAAAUAAAUAAUUAAACAGUUACCACAUAUUACCGGUGGACUCAGUAGUUUACAUUGUGGGCCAGAAAGAGAGAAAAAAAGGCAAUUUAUAAUUGAUUAUGCUAUAUAAAAAAAUAUCAUGAGAAGUCGAGUAUUUCAAAAGUUAAAAAUAGUGAAAAACAGCUAGUUAGCAAACAUUCACUUAAAAAGGUAUUUUGAUAAUCUGAUCAGUUCCAGGGAGACCUGGACAACUGUAAGCUUUGAGGAACAGAUAAUGUCCAAAGACAAGUGAACGAGCACAUUUUAGGGGCCAAAUGGCGGUUAUUGCGUGCAAUAUCCUUUAAUAUUUUUCCAACACGCGGGGAAAAUGUUAACGAACAACUCGCUGUUUGCUGCUUGAAAUGUUUCAUUUUUAUGUUUCAUCUUCAAUAACAACCGUUUUCAUCUUAAAUUCAAUUUUAAACGAACGCUUUCAUCGUAGUUAAUGUAAGGUUUCAAAAUUGGGGAAAAUCACUAAGGGUGUAUCCUCGGAUAUUUUACAGCUUUAGAUGGGACAUUAGUCUCCCAGUUUUAGAUGGGCCACUACCGCUUUAUAGAGGUGAACAUUACAGUGCCGUUGAUUAAUAAGAAGCAGAUUCGGGACCCUGAAAACCGACCGCUUAAAAAAGGAUGACCGCUUUAUAAGGUGCCGGUUAAUACAGGGUUCCACUAUAUUAUCAAAUUACAUUUUAAAGUGAAUCUCUGUUAUUGAUUGUAAUUUAUCAGUAUCAGUAUUGUAGCACUUUAAAGUUGCAUGUUCUGCCGAAAGGAAGUCAUAAGUUAUGGUCUUAACUUUCCCACGAGAGUCAAUGAUGUAAUAUGACCCUAAUACGUAAUAACGUCUGGGGUUUCGUUUUGUUUUAAUUUUACUACAGUUUUAUAGGCUUUCAGUUUUCUUUUCUUCAGUGGACCCCCUUGAAAACUACUUAGAGUGAUAGAGGUCUCUCAAAAUAUGUAAUUUAUUAUCAAGAUUAUUUUUUCCAUUGUAUAGUAGCAAUUAGUGGUGCGUUGGUCCUCCAUGCCCAGAUGUCUAGGUAUGAAGGUGUGUUAAUGAUUUUACAAUAAUUUCCCUUCAAAAUAAAUGUCAGCUUUUUACUUUUACAAAGUUUCCGAUGGCUUGUGCGCUGGAAUCCAGAUCGACUCAGCAGUUAGCAGUCAGAGGUCUCUUUCUUCUUGGAUCAAUCGAACCCAAUGCGUCUUUAAUUUCACCUGGUUCUGUCUCUCUUGGGUAGUCAAUCCUAUUUGGGUUGUAGUUAUCUGAAGGUAGAACCUUUCCUUUUUUUUCACCUGGUUCUGUCUCUCCUGGGUAGUCAGUCCUAUUUGGGCUGUUGUUAUCUGAAGGCAGAAUCUUUCCUUUUUUUUUCACCUGGUUCUGUCUCU